CUAAAUUUGAAAUAUUUACAAUGUUAAUCAUCACUGAAUUCUAGUACAAACGUGAUUUUCUCUUCCGUCAAAUAGCAGUUCAGAAAGGAUUCAUAAUUAUCAUCAAGCUAGAAGUAUACAAAUCGUGAUCGGUGUUUUCAAUAUUCGUAACCAGAUGGCUUAUGCAUAUCCAUCGGAAUCUAGGUUUUCUCAAAUCUUCAGCGAAGAGUUAUCUUGUCCAGUAUGUCUCGAAGAACUGAAGGAGCCUAAGUGUCUCACKUCGUGUGCCCAUAAUGUGUGUCGAGAAUGCUUGGAGAAAAUGGCAGUACGAAGUGGUAAAGAAAUAAUAUGCCCAACAUGCCGAAGGAGUACACCCAUUCCUGACAAUGGAAUACGAGSCCUGCCUACAAGUACCGUGUUAGUAAGAUUGUUAGAGGCUUCACCAGGAAGAAAAGAACGGUUUGAGAUUCAGAAAGCUUUGGAAAGUGGAAAACCAGUGGUUAAACGCAUGGAAAAAAAGAUUACAGAGCUUGAAAAGAUCUCAGAUGACAUGACUUUGGACAUGGAAUCGGUGGAGAAACUAAUUCAUGARAAAGCUGAUCAGCUGUGUGAAAUUGUGAGAAAACAAGAAGUGGGUCUUUGCUCUGAAGUUAAGGAAUACUAUAAAAGAAAACAAGCAAUAGUWCAGCAUCAAAAAAGGAACUURAUGAAGCUUCAUUCAAAUGCAUCUAGUAGUGUGAAAAUUGCUGAAGAUGUGCUUUCACAAAGCAGUAUGGAUGAAUUUCUUGAAAUAGCCAAUGCACUAAACCAGCAACUUGAAGAAGUAGCUAACUUAAAUCUUGAGGAAACUGAUUUUAAUUCUACAUUUGAUGAAGAACUUGUAUUCAACUUAAAUGUUGAGGCACACACUAUUAUAGAAGAUAGAAAGAUUGGUAAAAUAUCUCAUAGGACAAUACGACCACAAACAAUCAAGUCAUCGACAAUAGAUUGGUCAAGGUCUGGUGAAGUUGUUUUCAAACUUGGGCACAAAGGAAGUAGAAAAGGUUGUUUUAAAAGUCCAGCAGGCAUAGCUGUAAAUGAAUUUGGUGAAACUGCAAUUGCUGAUUUUUUCAACAAUCGUGUACAGGUGUUCGAUUCUCGGUUGAAGUUUCUGUUUGAAUUUGGUAAAAAGGGUAUGGAAGAUGGCAAUUUCAAUGGUCCUACAGGAAUUGCUUACACACCGUACAAUAACAUUGUUGUCUUUGACAGCAAGAAUUCUAGAGUACAGAUAUUCAACCGUAAAGGAGAGUUUGUGAGUAAACUAGGUCAACAUGGAUGUAAACAAGGUGAAUUUGGACAACAUGGCAGCUUAUUUGUUGAUGCAUCUGGUGAUAUCAUUGUAACAGAUACUAAUAAUCACCGGGUACAAGUUUUCUCCAACAACGGCGAAUUCAAGCUACAGUUUGGUAACAGAGGUACUGAAGGGUUUGAUCAUCCUUUAGCAACAGUUGCUAUUGAUAAUGAGUAUUUUAUUUCUGACAGUGGCAACACCUGCAUCAAAGUUUUCAAUUCAGAAGGGGURUAUGUAAGGCAGUUUGGUAGAGAGGGUAGUGGCCCAGGGGAGUUCCAUUGCCCUAGGGGUCUAGCUGUUGAUUCAGUAAAUAGAUUUGUCCUUGUCUCGGACAGUGAGAAUCACAAUAUACAAGUGUUCAAUCUACAAGGAAGUUUUCAGAGGAGGAUCCCAACCAAGAAAAUCCCUGUGGCAUUGGCAAUAAUACAAAACAACUAUAUACUUGUUUGCUCUUAUCUUGGCAAUUGUGUUCGAUUGUUGUCGUACACAUAGAUCUUUAAUGUUGUUCAUAGCAAUAUGCUUCAAAGUCUUCACAUGAAUGAAGCAAAUGAAGCAACAAAACAACUUCUUUAGUGAAGAGGAUGAAUCUAGUGGAGAUGUUUGUUUAAGUUCCAAGCUUGUUUCUUAAAUUGGUGCCCACUAAAGUUUGAAAACAGUUGUAUUAUAUCAUGGAUUUUUAUUUUAACCCCUAUUUACAGCAAUYGCAUGUAUUUUUAUGUAUCAUAUAGUAAUAGUUUUGUAAGUAUAAAAUAUUAUGUACAGUUUUUAUUUACAAUCAUAGAAAUAACAAGCACAGUAAUGCAGUGUGAUAGAGUGAUUUCAUUGAUGUCCAUGAAAUAGUAAUCAAAAUAGUUAUGGUCUAGCAGUUUUUAUUCAGAACAGUCUUCAUAACACUAACUUCUGAACACAAGGGAAAUUGUUMUAACUGUUACAUUUGAGUGAUAGUUUGAGUGAAUAAUAUAGGUUCCAUAUUUCCAUGCAUCUGUACUCAAAUAGAUACACACUCAGAUGACGUCAAAAUGUGAUGAAAACAAAAAAAGGAAGCCACAAGAYGAAAUUAUGUGACUGUUGUUCUAUUAAAGUAUUAUAGGUAAUAAUUUUUCACAUUUAAUUUCUUGGACAUUAGUGUAAGCACUCUACAAGUGAUACAUUAACAUGCUAUAUGUACAUAUAUUUAUUUCAAUAAAAGGCUAAAAAAUGUAAA